ACACAGUGCACUCAACGUGAAGAAAAAGUGCGGCAAAGUUCCGAUAUUUAAAUAUCAAGUGAAAAUGAGAGUGUUCGAAGUGAUCAUUUUUCUGUGUUUGUUCGCCAGGUUCCUUUGCGAGGAAAAUCCAAGUGAAAGAACCGUUUGUUAUGGUUGUAAGCAGAAGUAUUACGAUAUAUCAAUAUCCUCUUGUAUCCUGAUGGAAUGCGAUUGUGGAAAUUACCCGAAAAUUCAACUGGAAGUACAAAAAGGAGCAGAGUUGGACUUCAACACAACCGAGCACAAGUAUGUGCAAAAAUCAAACGAUACUCAACUGCUCUAUAAAUCCAAUAAAUUCCCAAAGACCGACCCGGAUCCUCCGAUUAAUUCACACACACUAUCUCCACCUAAAAUCCGCUGUAUUGAAUCAAAUUUCGUGGUUUUAGAAUGGAAUAUUCCCAAGACGGAGGGAUUCACCUAUUUCUAUUUGAGUUAUCAUUUGUACGAUGAAUACGGCUACACUUACCGAACAAAAUUUACGCAAUGCAAUUUUAUGGAAUUGGGUAAUUUAACUCCCGGAACAAAAUACUUGAUGAAAUUGCACAGCAUGACCGUUUAUCCGGGCCAAAAGAAACAUAUACACCAAAGCAGCAUUUGGAAGGUUUUCGAAACUAGAAAAGUCGAUUCCAAAGUUUAUCCAGUCGAGUAUUUCUACUUGCGGAAUUUCACUUUGCAGAGCAAUAAUCAAUACACAGCGACAGUCAAAUGGACAAAAGGAAAAGAUAAAGCUUGCUAUUACAAUUUGGUGUAUUUCCCGAGCAACGGAGAUUAUCAAGAAAUCGAUAUAGACCAUCCUUUAGUCGAUGAUAGUUACAGUAUAAAGAAUUUAGACCUGGACAGUUUCUAUCCGAUCGCCAUAAUGCCGUAUUCUUACUCAAACGGCGAAACGGAGGAAGGUCCGAAAACCUGGCUCAACAUCACCACUCCAGCCUGCUUGGAAACAUUCCAGCAAAUCGACGAAUGCACACCGGAUCAACCGCGAAAUUUAACUAUUAAGGAAUAUCCCUUCAAGGACAAGUAUGAGAAUCGAUUUGAUGUUGUGAUGCAAUGGCAGAAGCCCAAAUACAGUCCUUCGUAUUAUUACGCUUAUUUAAAAUUAAUUAAUACUAAUAAGACGCAAUACGCGCUUAAUAUAUCGGGGGAUAGCACCAAUGUCACUUUCACCAACGUGCAACUAACACCGGAAUACGGAGCUUUUUUGGUGGCGCAUUCUCGCAAAGGGCCGAGCACUUCUGCAAUGCUGCAUAGACAAAUAUUCGCCAACUACACGGUACUAAAAACCGGAGACACUUUCGCGUCCCUGGAAAACAUCAUAGCCAUCAUAACCCCUUUAGUGAUCACCGGUGUUUUGCUGCUGGUCCUGUGGAACCGCAUCCUGGCGAGAAGGACGCGCCGCAGGGAGAGGAACGCGUUCUUUAACGAAGUAAGGGAAAAAGCCGCUCGAACUAGUACAAUAACGACCAUAAGUACGAUCAGUUUCGGCGAUAACAGCAAAGCCGAUGGAUGGGAAAUCGACUUGAAUAAAUUGGCAAUUAAGGAAAUCUUAGGCGGAGGAGCCUUCGGAGUGGUGCGCAAGGGUUGGUAUACCGAUAUUAAAGGAGAAGAAUUCGAAGUAGCAAUUAAAAUGCUUAGAGAAAAUCCGACGGUAGAUGAAAUUAAGCAAUUCCAUCAAGAAAUAGAAUUGAUGAAAUCAGUUCCAUUGCAUCCUCAUCUUGUGUCGCUAAUCGGAUGCGUAACUAGAAAUAAUCUUUUACUAGUAGUGGAAUAUUGUUCGAAAGGGGACCUUCAGACGUACUUGCGUGCAGCUUCUGAUAAACUGAUAAAAGCGAAUCUUCUAAGCCAGGAAAUCGACAAUGGAAAGAGCCACUACGCUUUCAACAGAACCUACGAAAUGACCGAAACUGAUUUCGAGGACAUUCCGCAACCGAAACAACUACUAUCCUUCGCCCGACAAGUAGCCCUCGGCAUGGAGUACCUGACGUCCCUCAAGCUCAUCCACCGCGAUUUGGCGGCCAGGAACAUCUUGAUCACCGAAAACGACAUCAUAAAAAUAUCGGAUUUCGGAUUAAGCCGGGACGUUUACUACGACAACAUCUACCACAAGUCUUCGGCGGGCAAAUUGCCCGUUCGCUGGAUGGCGCUCGAGUCCAUGACGCAUCAGGUUUAUACGACGCAGAGCGACGUCUGGUCCUUCGGCAUACUGCUGUGGGAGAUCGUGACGUUGGGGGGAACCCCGUACCCCGGCGUGCCCACCCACGAUAUUAUAGGAAUGUUGAAGGGGGGCUACCGGAUGAAGAGGCCUGAACAUUGCGGUGAAGAGAUAUACGCCAUCAUGUGCAGUUGCUGGAAAGUCCCGCCGCAAGAACGACCCACUUUUACGCAGCUCAGGAUCGCCUUGGAUGGGCUCCUUUCGACAUUUUCUGAAUACUUAAACUUGGAAAAGGAAUAAUUGGUAUUGAAUAAACAUCACAAUCUAUAUUAUUAUAUUUUUAUUACAAACGAAUUCUCGGAACUGAAGAAUUACAAACGGGCGAAUCCCGUCCGAUAAACCUACUUGGUAAUAAUAGAAAAUAUAUAAUUUUAAAAAGAACUGUAUAAAUAUUUUUAGCACGUAAAAUUCUUUUUUUAUAACUAUGUAAUUUAAUUUAAUAUACAUUUUUUAUACACAAUUUGUACAGUUGUGUUGCCGUUAUUUUUUGGAUUCCCUACGUAAAUACUUUAGUUAUCCCGUCCAUUGCUCGGCAAUGUGUUUGUUCCGCAUCACUACUCGCUAAUUGCGAUUAAUUCCUCAACCGUAAUCGCAGGUUUGUCCUAUAAGAAGUCAGAGACAGUCGUUUCUGAUCGUUGGAUCGUCUCGAUCUACAGGCGGAGGGGCUGAAUUCACUUUAGCACUAGGCCCUUGGGUUAAAUAACCAGCAGUCGCAGGUGUAC